AUGUCAGCGGAAUUGCAGGCAACCUGUGCUUCUCUGGGCUACUCUGAUGAAGAUGGUCACUAUCAAAGAGAACCGGACUGUCUCGAAUCAAUAAAAGAUCUAAUUCGUUUUUUGAAGCGUGACGAUGAGACAUGCAGUAUCAGACGACAACUUGGUUCGGCGGCCAUCUUGCAGAAUGAUCUGAUACCAAUCCUGAAACUAAUUGGUUCCAACUUAGUAUUUCUGGAAACUGUUUUGAGACUCUUGGUUAACCUUACACAGCCUGCCUGCCUCUGUUUUAGGGAACAAAUUCCUGACGAUAAACUAGCUAGGCAGAAUUUACUAGAAGUCGAAUCAUACCUACUCGACUAUAAAGAAUCAUUUGUCGAUGAGGUCCUAUUCUCUAUCCUAUCAACUGAACUAGGAAAUCUGCUGCAAAAGGAAUGGAGUGAUCGUGAGGAGGAGGACAGGAUGUUGAUAGAAAGAAUCGUGCUGCUCGUUCGAAACGUUUUGCUCAUUCCUACAGACCUGGAAAAAGAACAGCGUACUGAUGAUGAUGCCAGCAUUCAUGAUCAAAUUCUAUGGUCUCUGCACUCUGGUGGCUUCAUUGAUUUGUUGCUAUAUAUAGCCAGCUCUGAUGAUGAGAGGGCAUUAGCACUCCAUGUGCUUGAGAUCACCUCAUUAAUAUUCAUGGAGCAGACACCAGAUCAACUGGCUUCAUGUGGAACCUCUAGACCUGCCGAUGAUAAGGCCAAAGAUACUAAAGAGCUUGAACUGAUGCUGGACAAAGAGCGUCACAGCAGACGAGCGUCCAUCUUGAAAUGUGGCUCCCGCCAUUCCAGAUUUGGUGGAACGUUCCAGAUGAAAGAUUUCAAGUCGAUUUCCGACAGGGAUUUCAUUUUCGAGGGAGUUUUCAAGAUGAAUUUGAGUAAAGGAAAAGUAGGUCGACGAAAGGCUAAAAAUAGACGACCAAUAGCAGAAGCGGAAGUAGUAAGGAGGUCAACUUUUGUUGUGAGGUCAAUGCUGAAGGAAUUUUGCGUGCAGUUUCUUGAGAACUGCUACAACCCUCUGAUGAGGGUUGUCAAGGACGCCCUGAUAAGGUCAAAGGCCCAAGAAAAUGACGAGUCUUAUUAUUUCAAGGUCAUGACCUUUAUAAUGCAUUUCAACAGGAAGUUUGAAUUCAAGUCUGCCCUAGUUGGUGAGACCUUGUCCAUAACCACCUUCCACUAUGUAACGACACAACUGAUCAAGUACCAUGAGCUGGUCCUCUCUGAUAAAAAAGAUGCAAUCAUUUGGUCUAAAAGGAUGCACCUGGCGCUCAGGGCCUACAACGAAUUGCUACAGUGCAUAAUGAAGAUGGACCAAUCAGAUGAGAGCUCAGUUAGGGAAAGUUCAAGGGUCAUUAAAAGUAACAUAUUCUACACAAUGGAGUAUAGAGAUUUAUUCCUGUUACUGUUGAAGAAAUAUGACGUCACCAAACAGUCAAGACAAUUCCUGCAAGAUCUGUUGGAGGCGAAUCACGUGUUCGUCCGAAUGCUCGAGUUGACCUGCCGGGCAGACCGUCACCUCGUCAUCCAGAGGAAGAAGAGGAGGAUCAGAAGGAGAAGGAGGAAGAAGAAGAAGGAGACGACGAUGGUGGAAAAGGAUGAAGGUGACAAUGAUUAUCAGCAUCAUCAUCAUUAUUAUUAUCAUUAUCACAUCGUCGCCCCAAGCAGAGCCAGCAAAGUCGACGGCAGAGCAAGCUUGGGAUGCCAUAAGUAG